AUGCCUCGUUUUGGAUAUUUGUUUCUGUUUUUCGCCAUCACUGCUGGCGGGUUAGAAGUGGAUAUAACAAACGACGAAGUGAAAGGUUUAGCUAGUAACAACUCGUAUGUUGCUAAUGGCCAGCCGGCCAGUCUCACUACAGAAAACAACAGCCAUAUGCCUGUUAACGCGGGCACAAUUUCAAAAAGUAAACAGAACGUUUCUAAGAAGAUGUAUAAACUGAGAAAACAGAUGAAAACAACCCCAGCCACGCGCGCUUCGGGUGUGAAUAGAGCGCCCCCUGUGAAGAAAGAAAACAAGAAUAAACACAAAAAGGAGCGAGACACAAAGAGGCAGAACACGGGUAAAUCGCAAAGAAAGCUGAACACAACUGGCCUGAUGAAAGAAAACAUAGAUCAGCACAUAUUCACACAAUCCAACAACGAUUUCACAGAUGAGAACAAGUUCAAGGAAUUUAACAACAACUUAACAGAUGAAAAUAAAUUCAAUAAUUCUAACAACGACUCAAUAGAUGAAAUAAAAUUGAACAGAUCAACUACAAAGCCUACUGAAACAAGUUCAAAAUCAUCUGGCACUAAACUCUAUCCGGACGUCCAAGAAAUAUCAACACAAACUGUAAGCCAAACUACCUACGGGAAUGACAAUAACGAAUUGGUUGAACCACCCUCUUACGAUACUACAUAUAAUGCCACAUCACUUGAUACAACUUCAGGAAUGGCUGCAAAAGACAAUAAACACAAUCAUGAGGUGGUUACUCUAAUAAAUACACAGCGAACUUUCCAGAAUGACAGUCGCGAUUUAACUGAAUCGUCCGAUGAUAUCAAAACAACAUCAACUUCUGAUACAACUUUAAAAUCGGCUCCCAACGAAACACUACACAACAAUAUCGAGUCAAAUCUAACAAGUUCGCAACAAAUAUCUCAGAAUGACAGCGAUGAUAUAACUAUAACCGAAACACCAGAUAAAAACAGCAAGACUACCGUUUCACAUUCGGAAACAACAAUGUCAUACUUAAAACCAAGUAUUGAAUCUUCCCCAAAAGAAACCGAACCGAAAACUGAUGAAGUAACAGUAACUAUUUACCAGCAAACCUACGAAAUUGGCAACGACGAUCCAGCAGAACGCCUAGAUAAAAAUAAAUACAAAUUAACUACACCAGAAUCCUUAACCAUUAACUCGUUUAAAAAACAUGCUAAAUCAGCCCUGAAAGACUUCAAAACAAAAAACGGGGCGGUAACUCGGCCUCUUAAUAAACAACAAACAAACGACGAUAACAAUUUAGAAGAAUCGUCAUAUAAAGAAAACAAAUCCGCUGGGUUAUUUCCCCUUACAGACAAUGUUUAUGACACCUUGCGGUUAGAUUUUGAGGAUCAUUUCUUGCACUUCUCACCGAAUUACACUGAGUAUCCCAACGACGAGAGCAGUGGUGAGUUAUUCCUCUUUGAUUUGUGUUAA